AUGGGCAUCCCGUUUUCUUGGAUCCUCCUCACAGUCAUCCCCCAGUCAGUGGACUACUGGUACGCCUUCGCCGUCACGCUUUUCUUCAUGGGCAUCACGAUCAGCUGGUGCGCCACCUCGGCAAACAACCCUAUGUUCGCUGAGGUGGUCCCUCCCAAGCACCGCACCAUGAUCUAUGCCUUCGACCGUGCAUUCGAGGGCUCAUUUGCCUCGCUGGCUGCCCCCGCUGUGGGCCUAGUCACCGAGAAGAUUUAUGGCUAUGAUACCAAGACUGUGAACCUUGCGCACGGAUCAGCGGAAGGGGCGUACGCGCUCUCAAGAGGGCUGCUGACCAUGAUGAUCGUGCCUUUCGGCGUCUGUGUCCUGUUCUACAGCCCCUUGUACCUUGUGUUCAAGCACGACAGAGAGAACGCGAAAUUAACCAGCUUCAAGGAGCAGGAGCUAGUGUGA